UUUGGGGAGGGGGCAGCGAGCAUUUCCUUUUUCCCCCCAUUUGCAUCACACAGCGGAGCGGCGAUCCGCUGUUUGCACGUUAGUUUGCGUUAAACCGAGCUGACCUGCCGGAGGAUGCUGCAGGAUCGGAUCGGCGCAGAGGACAUCCGCGGAAAUUACCAGUAAAAGUUUGGACAAGAGUUUGGAGCCGAAGUUUGACGGACUUUCUCACUCGGGGCAUCGGAAAACAGGCUCAUCGUGGACGUGUUUGCCUAGGAAAAAUGAGCUUUUUUUUUCUUUCUCUCUUCUACUUGAACUUGGAGGUAAUCUGAGAAAGUGAGGAGACUUUUUACUGGCGGCUCUUCAAGGUUUUCCAGAUGUCUCCCCUGAUGCAGAUAACCGCUGCGUUUUGAAAUACAUUCACAUCCAAAGAAGAAAAAAAAACAAACAAAACAGCACACUUCUGGAUUUACAGGCAACGUCGCUCUGCUGGGAUUUUUCUCUAAACCCUCGUUUCUGUAUUUAUGCAGGAUGUAAUGAUCGCUUUUAUGGGCAUGGGCGGAAACCGAGGAGACAGAUAAAGAAGCUGUUUUAACCACAAAAAAGACAAUAUGAUGAAAAUGUUAUUCCGCUGAAGUCCUCGGAAACUCACAAGGGAAGAUCCAAUGAGUGGCACACAGUCAACGCUCACUGACAGAACCCCCAGCAUUCUCAACAAGGACCCGACAGACAAGAAACCGAAGAAUGAGAAAUCCUCCGUCUCCUUCAAACAUGACUUUGAUCCAACAGGUCUGGUGCAGCGCUGUGUGAUAAUCCAGAGGGAUGAAAAUGGCUUUGGGCUGACAGUAAGUGGAGACAACCCUGUGUUUGUGCAGCUGGUCAAAGAAGAUGGAGCAGCGAUGCGAGCUGGUGUCCAGACAGGAGACAGAAUCAUUAAGGUUAACGGGACCUUAGUUACACAUUCAAACCACAUAGAGGUGGUGAAGUUGAUCAAAUCCGGCUCCUAUGUGGCCCUCACGGUGCUGGGGAGGCCUCCAGGGCUUCCUCAGAUCCCGCUGGAGGGAGAGAAGGAAGGGAACGAGGGAAGAGGGGAGGUCAGCUCCUCCCUCUCAGCACCCCAUGUACCUGCACUGUCAGGUGGGGAGCAGAGCUGCUCUUUGACCGGACAGGAUCCACUCACCACAUCUCUGUGUGAUGGGGUAAGACGACAAUAAUAUGUAAUACUUGUCAGCAGUGUGAACUUCAAUGCUGCUGGUGGGUUUAGAAGGCAUGUUAUGUUGUUUUUUUUUAAAUGCCAAAAUUACACAAUUUCUCAUGGACACAAACUGUAAAAACAGAAAUAAUCAUCAAACUUUUAAC